GCAGGAAGAAACGGAGCAAUGGUAAGUAUCAGAUGUUUGCUUUGGAUCAGCCGCUAUACUCUUGCAGCUUGUGGUGAAGUUUGUUAAUAUUAUCUGCACGUGAAGCUGGCAGUGUUCUCGUUUAUUGUUUUAUUCCCCUCUGAGGGUUAAUAAAAUCGCGUAGCUGCACAGUCAGCUUCACAAAUCUAUCAGGCAUUAAUAGCAGCCUUCUUAUGGGUAGUAAUAACUCCUACACGCGCGGCACAUGCGGUUUAUCCCCUCCAGCCGACCAUAAUGACACACAAACACCCCCGCCUAUGUUCCCGUUCGGUUUUUCACUGCCUGCGGAAGCUGCUGUGCAAAGAGCUGUCAGAGCAGGUGAUCGCCCUUAUUUGGUAAUGGCCCAGAUCAUGUGACCACAAAAUGGUGGAAGCUGUGAGCUGUUUGUAAGCUGAGCAUCUCCACCGAGAGGCUGGGAGCAGGAAACAGGCAGGGAACUCGGAAGUACACCCAUGCUCUGAGACGCAGGAGGACAGAGAUUCCCGAGCCCCAGCAGUGGUCCUUCUGUGUACGGACCCGCCAUCAGAGAGUAAAAUGAACUCUGACGGGGGCGAAGGCAGACCAGUCCCUCCUACCUCUCUACCCCUGCAAGGAGGUGCCACUCAGAGAAAGAAGCUAUCUGCCCCUCGUAUCAGCCUGUCACUGGACCAGAGCGAGGAUGACUUGGGGGAGACGCCAGACGACCUGGACAUCAACGUCGAUGACCUGGACACUCCAGACGAGGGGGAUUACCUUGACUACACAGACCAUGAAAUGGACUGGGAUGAUCCGACUGCAGCCAAUAUGAGUGGAACAAGCGAGUCCUACAACACCAUCCCCACAUACAGCGCCGAGGAGGAGCGCCAGGACGGCAAGCUGUGGAGAACGGUCAUCAUUGGGGAGCAGGAGCAUCGCAUCAACAUGAAGAUCAUCGAGCCCUACAUGAGAGUCAUCUCCCACGGAGGCUACUAUGGCAACGGGGGGAAUGCCAUCAUCGUGUUUGCUGCAUGUUUCCUGCCAGACAGUGACCGAGAGGACUACCACGAGAUAAUGGAGAACCUCUUCCUGUAUGUGAUCAGCACACUGGAGCUGAUGGUGGCAGAGGACUAUAUGAUCGUAUACCUGAAUGGCGCCACACCCCACAGAAGAAUGCCCGGCCUCGGUUGGCUGAAGAAGUGCUAUCAGAUGAUUGACAGAAGGCUCAGGAAGAAUUUGAAAUCCUUCAUUAUCCUCCAUCCAUCAUGGUUUAUCAGGACCAUUCUCGCCAUUACCAAGCCGUUCAUCAGCGCCAAGUUCAGCAGCAAGAUAAAGUAUGUGAACAGUUUGGAUGAGCUGCAGGAACUCAUCCCAAUGGACUCUAUCCAGAUCCCAGAGUGCAUCAUUAAACUCGACAAGGAACUGAAGGAAGCGGCGGAGAACUCAAAAAUGAAUAGCUUUCUGCAGGGAUCCGAGCCAGCGGCAGCAAACAGGACAGACAGAACGGACGCAGCCGGCGCCAGCGGCUCCUAAAUGGACGGGUCGCCUCGAUGUUCACAAGUCACCGUUGUAUUGAACCGCUGCAGAUGGAAACUAGAGGCUUGUGGAGCUAGUGUGUGUGUGUGCGUACGUGUGCGUAUGUGUGUGUGUGUGUCAGUGUUUGUCAAUUAGACACUGGAUAUGAAACCAACAAUAGUACCACUCUGAUCUCAUUCUUCCCGGCCGCUGUAGCAUCCACUUUACCUUACACCUUCAAUCUAGAGAACUAUUACAGUGGAGCGUGAUGCUUGGCAGCGUCCGCGGAGUAGCAUCAUCGUUCACUUUAGGGCAGAAAAUGCAAUUACACACCAGACUGUGCACUGCGCAAAUCCAUUUGUAGAGUCUAUAGUGUUGUUUGCAUGAGAAGCAAUAAUAUCACCCUUUACUGGUUACACAGUCUCAGCGAUUCUGAUGAAGAGGCGACUCGUUUGUCAACAAUCUACAGUAAAAGCACAAGGUGUGGACUAAAUGGCCUUGUCCCAUAGAUGACCAACUUUCAUUUAAAGCCAUCUGAACCUCCGUCUUUUAAAGCUGGUAAAUAAACCUAUAGAUAUUUUCACUUUAGAGUCAACUUGAGGAAAACACAUAAGAUUAAAUUACACAUGAGGCGAAGCCGUCAGUGCAGUGUGACGGCGCACGUCUGUAGCCGUGUGUGCGUGCGUGCGUGGGUGAGUGCGUCGUUCUGGGAAUCACGUCCUGGGUCAUCGGGAAGAAACCUCAGAUGAAAAAAAAAAAUAAUAAUGAUGGGAUCUCUGUAAAGCACAUCUUGUCUGUGUGUGUCUGUCCACACGCAUGUGUGUGUAUUUGUGCAUGUCCCCUCAUUAGAUAACCGAUGGUCCUCGUACCAGUGAGCCUUUAAUGGAUGUGUUGAGGAUGUGCAGAGGAAAAGAAAAAAAUGGAUCACUGUUUAGUAAUUCAAUAAAAAUGGAUGUAAAAGUCUGA